UACGUUGCUGGGCCAUGCCGAGCCGGUUUGGGAGUACGGCACCCAAACGGUCUCCGCAACAGACCGGGUCACAUUGCCCCGUGCACAAUAUAUCCACGACUCUCCGCUCACCCAUCUUCAUUUCUCUUUGCUUUUGUCGCUCUCCCGUCGGUCGUUUUGACACCACAGUCCUUCGUUUACUACACCUUUUGCGCUCUAAUUUCUGUGGAGUCUGGUGUUAGUUGGCGAUACUCCAUGUUGUUUGCUGGAACCACGAUUCAUAGGAAGUAUCGACAUACGGGUUGACAUGGGGCAUAUAAUUAUGUCGGCAGCUGCCGACCAAGGCCCUUUGUUGAACCGUGUGAGUCUGGCUCUAUACACCGUAGCCGUUUUCUUCGUCCUACUCCGCUUCUUUACACGGGGCUUCAUUGUGAAGAGAUUCGGUCUCGAUGAUCUCUUCAUUCUAAUUGCCAUUGUUCUGGGGUUCGGCCAAACAGCCACCAUCAUACUACAGGUCGAUCAUGGAAGGGGUCGACACUCGUCCGAGCUUCACCAAGAAGACUACGACAUGAUGCUGAUGUACAAGUGGAUCAACAUGCUCAUCUACUUUGUAGCGAACUGGGCAGUUAAGAUGUCCAUUCUCGCACUGUACCACCGCAUCGGCUCCGGAAAGCGCGGUCUGCCAUUGAUUGUGCAGUCCCGCGCCAUCUGGAUAACAUCAUGCUUCAUCUCAGCGUUCACGCUCGCUGUACUACUCGUCCAAGUCUUCUCCUGCCUUCCCGUCACCGCAGCCUGGGACGUCGAGCAAAUUCCCAUCAUGUGCAUCGACGGCACGGCCUUCAUGCACGCGCAAGCCAGUAUCAACGUCUUCACCGACGUCGUUCUCUUGAUCUACCCGCUACCGUUACUCCCACUGCUGCAGUUCAACAAGCGGCAACGAACCGCCCUCAUCGUCAUCUUCUCCAUCGGCCUCAUCCCUGUCAUCGCCAGUACCAUGCGGCUGUGCGAAAUCGUCAUGAGCGGCAACACCGUGCAGACCGGCAUGACCUGGCAGCAAGCCGACACAAGCUGGUCCUGGGCCUGGGUCCCCGUGUGGUCGCAGAUCGAGGUCGACGUCGGCAUCCUGACAGCCUGCCUGCCGUGUCUCUCGCCCCUGCUGCGCAUGUUCUGGAGCGAGGUGCGCGUGCCCCGCAUCACGACGCCGAGUAUGGUCCAGCUGCCCAAGUAUAGUGGGAGUUGGGAUAGUGUAGAUAGCAAGGAUAGCCAGGCGAGCGGUGGGUCGGUGGGCAAGGAGGAGGGCGGGAGGGGCGACGGCGCCGUGCGCGUCAGCGAGAAGGAACUCCCUGCGCUGCCGGCGGGGCCGCGCGGGCGGAGCGCCGCGGAGGGGAUGUCUGGGUACUAUGAAGAUGCGAGCGACGAGGAGGAAGCGCGGGACGCGGACGACAUCGGCGUCGCGCGGUCAGAUAGCAAGAGAGUUGAGCACGCGCUGCGGAAAUUAUGAUAUCAAUGAAUUUACUCAAAAA